AUGGUUAAUAAAAUUCCAAUUUUUAUUCCUAAACAUUAUAAUCCAUUUAUUUUUCCUGAACUCAAUGCUGAACAAAAAGAAAUUUAUAAUAAAUUAUCCGAGUAUGUAAAUACUAUUUUAGUAUCACCAGAAGAUUCUCAAUAUCAAGUAGAACGAGAAUGGGUUUCUGAAAGAUGUUUAAAACGUUAUUGUCGUUCUGCCAACUGGAAUUUAGUUGAUGCCAAAAAUAGAAUAAAAAAUAGUUUAGAAUGGCGAAGAGUGUAUAAACCUAAUGAUAUUGAUCCUAAAGAAAUAGAACCCGAGGCAAUUACAGGUAAAAUUCAUAUUAAUGGAUUUGAUAAACAAGGUCGUCCAGUUAUUUAUUUGAGACCAGGUUUGGAGAAUACAAAAGCUGGACCAAGACAAGUAAAGAAUGUAGUUUUUACAUUUGAAGCAGCUAUUGAAAUAAUGCCCAAAGAUGUCGAAAGCGUGGUUAUUAUUGUUGAUUUUGAGAAUUGUUCUCCUCGAACAAGCCCUGGCUUGGGGAUCGCUAAAGAAUUCAUGCAUGUUUUAGGGUCUCAUUAUCCUGAGAGAUUGGCCAUGGCUCUGAUCAUAAAUGCUCCUUGGUAUUUUUGGGGCUUCUUUAAACUCAUUUCGCCAUUUAUUGAUCCGGUUACAAAAAAUAAGAUAAAAUUUGUUGAUCUCAAUAUUACAAAUGAUACCACAGAAAAGAAAAGUUCACAAAAGGAACAUGGAAAUACCGAAAAUGGAAACACUGUUACACAAAAGUCAUCAAUUAAUUGUGGAAUUACGGAUUUGUAUUGUAAUUCCAUUUAA